GCUGGGCACAGCGCAGGGCAGCCUAUAAACGCCCUGCCACACGCCGUCGGCGCGCCUGCCGCCCGGUAGGACUCACCGAACGCACCGCUGCAGCUGAAACGACGCGCGGCGGACCAAGGGAGACUGUGCUGCCCCAAAAACUUGCUCCAGAGUACGGUAGGCAGCCAUGGGGGAGCCCCGCGAUGAAACUUGGUAUUUAGAAACCAAAAAACGCAUCCGGGAAGCGUUUCAACUCUUCGACAAGGACCGGAAGGGCUGCGUCGUGCAAGAAGAAGUGGCCACGAUCAUGCGGUACCUUGGGGCUUAUCCUACGGAGAGAGCCGUCGUAAAGGAGAUUCUACCGGACAUGAUGGGGGAAGAAGCUUCUGCCUUCGUGAAGUACGAAACGUUUGAACCGAAGAUGCUUGAGUUAUUAGCUGGAGGCGAGUUCGAGCCCGAUAGCGAUGAAACACUACUGCAAUGUUUUCGCGCCUUCGACGAGGAAGGUAGGGGCUACGUCGAAGCCACGAAGUUGCGGGAAGCCUUAAUCACGAAGGGCACGCCCUUCCGCGAGAAGGAGAUCGAGGCCUUCAUGGAAGUUGCUAAAGAUGAAGAAACGGGGCGCAUCUACUACGAGGACUACGUCGCGCUGCUUUCUGCGGAGAGUAAUGCGUAAGGAGUGGUACUAUAA